AUCGAAGGAGAGGGAAAGAGUUCCCAAAGAGACUUCCCGGUAUGGAGGAGAAGAAAGAUAGUCCUAAACAAAGUCAUCAACAAGAGCAGACUGAAGAAGAAAAGCCUGAUGAACAAGUGGAGGCCGCUGCUGAUCAUGAAGAAAAAGUCAUUUCUAUGCUUGAAAAGAACCAGUUACCCGAGGAUACAGAUCAGAAAGAAAGACAUGAAAAUAAGGCAGAAAUAAGUGUUGGGUCGUCCAAAUUAUCUGGAAAAGAUGGAGAGGGGAGGCAAACAGAUUCAUCAAAGAAAUCAAAAGAAGGUUCAAAACGAAAUGCCAAGGAAAAGCACACGGUCCCUCAACCAUUUUCUUUUGCAACUGAUAAAAGGAUGUCUAAGGAAAGACGAAGUAGUUCAAUGGAUUUUUCUGCAGCAAAUGAGGAAAGAAGGUCAAAAGAAAAACGAGGUUCAAUUGAUUUCAAGGCCCCACAACCCAAACUAUCGAAAUCUUUCAGUAUAAAUCACAAGGUUGAACCCUCAGCUAGUGCCGGAGAAACCUCUAAACUGACGCGUGCGAAUUCUACUCGUGCUAAUAUAACAAGUACCAAACCUAAAGCUCCAACUCCUAAGCCUGCUGAUAAAAGAAUAGAGAAGCAGAAAGGAGAGGACUUGGAGAUCAAUAAACUUGCAAAGACUUCCACAUGUAAAACAGCACCAUUGCAAAGCUUCUACAAUCAGACAGAUCCUCCAUCAAAGCCUGCAUUAAGGAUCAAGAUCCCCGUCACACGUCCGAAAUCUCCUUUGCUUGACCAACGAAGCAAGUCUAUCUCAAAUUCCCAGAGCAACAAAAUACAAGACAAGGGAAAGUACUCGGCUUCCAAGACGAUAAGUACUAGCAGUGCAAAGGAGACCAUAACCAAAAUACUGAUUGGUUCUCGGAAGAUUUUGAAUCCCGCAAAACAGAAGCUUAAAGCUGAUGUUUCGGGUGCAUGAUAUGAUCAACAGGAUUAUAUAUAUAUAUAUAUAUAUGUUGAACAAGUUUAUAAAUUGCAUGGAAAGGAAACGUCGACGCUUCACUUGUGCUUAAUUGGCUUGCAAAUCAAUAAAAUGUGGCUACCAUUCUCAAAAUCUGCAAGCUUCUCCGGCAUUAAGUACUGUUAGAUUGAUAACAGUGGAUAUAUGUUAUAUAUGUUUGGUUUGUAAUCGCCCUUCUUGAGCUUUGUACUGCAUUA